AAAAUCCAAUUUACUUUUCUCAGUGACCGUCUGACCGGAUCUAAGGGUUUGUCAUAAAUUACAAGCAUAGAGGGGGGUACACCAAGCAAAUCUACUUAAAAAUUACGCCAAAUGUGUACACCAUUUCUCACCCGAUUACAACUAUUGGAUUUGUGGAAGGAAUUGCUGGUCAGGGAAAUGGCCCUAUCUGUGAUAUACUCAGUUGCUCCCAGGAGGGUUCUUUCCAACAUUUACGCCGGCGAAUUCAAGGUCCCCUCAUUCGGGAAACUCUUCGCGCCUCCAAUUUCAUCCCUUCCCAACCAGUGCUUUCGGCGUCGUUGCCGGAGCGCCGCCGCAACUGCGUUGCCGGCGGAUGCUUCGACUUCCGUAGAUUAUAGGGAAAGACAGCUAAGCGGAAGCCCUAAGCUCGUUGCAUUGGAAUACGCUGAUCUCAAUCUCACUGAUAAGUCCUGCGAGGAAAUUGGUCAUGUCCGAAUAAGGCAACAUGUUAACCCUUUGCGCUCUUCCCUCAUGGCUCCUGCAGAAGCACCAAACUGGGAUGAGGUGUAUAAAGACACAUCAUUGCCGCUGAUGGUGGAUAUAGGAAGUGGCAGUGGCAGAUUUCUGUUGUAUCUUGCUAAGCAAUAUCCCAAGUCCAAAAACUAUCUGGGAUUUGAAAUUCGGCCAAAACUGGUUACUCGUGCAAUGCACUGGGCAAGCGAGCUAGGUCUCAGAAACAUGCAUUUCAUGUUUGCAAAUGCCACAGUUUCUUUUGGGAGAGUUGUAUCUACAUAUCCUGGACCCUUACUGUUGGUUUCUGUCUUGUGCCCUGACCCUCAUUUCAAAAAGAAGCAUCAUAAGAGAAGAGUUGUGCAAAAGCCAUUAGUUCAGUCCAUAGUUGAUCGUUUAGCACUAUGUGGUCAGGUCUUCAUACAAUCUGAUGUGCUGGAAGUGGCUAAUGACAUGAGAGAUUGUUUUGAUGGUGUGCCGAAGCUUCUUCACGCGGACGCCAUUGAUUCUAAUGUGCUCUGUGACAGUGAUGGAUGGGUGUUGAACAAUCCCAUGGGGAUAAGAACUGAAAGGGAGAUUCAUGCAGAAUUUGAAGGGUCCAGAAUUUACAGAAGGCUAUAUGAAAAGGUUGAUGACUGAUUCUGAAGCAUUUCUUCAAGCUGAUAUUCUUUUUGAAGGGGAAUUCUGACAUUUCCCAAAUCCUUCUCGUCCAAACGGAUCCUUACUCGUUACCAAACAGAGAAGCAGAGAUUGAAUGCGCCAAAUCUUUCUCAACUUUUGCGUUCGGAUCCAACACUUUAUAUUGGUUUGAUCUUUUCAAGGGCGCAAAGUGCUAAAACAACAUUUUUUAUCGUGCAACGCAGAAGUACAAAGGUAACAAGUAAUAACAGAUGAAUCUAAGUACUCCAUCUCUAUGAGAUAAAUAAAGACAAAAAUUAAAGAUGUUAAAUCAAAGAACAAAAAUAUAUCGCCUAACAUUAGAAUUUGACAUCAUACUCAAACAAUAAUUAUCAAUGUACGGA